AUGAAUUCAUUGUCCAGCAUCGGGAAAUAUCGCUUGCCAUCUCGUAUUCUUAAGCGCCUUACCCGGCAGAAUAGUUCAGAUGAAGCUGUGAACUAUGCCUAUCGGAAAGAUUUAAUCAGCCGAAACCCUCACUCCUACUACCCCCCAGUCCAGACUACCCGAGGUGGAGAGCCUAUAUUGAGAUUACCCGAGUUUAUAAAAGAAUACGGAAAUAUUGAUUUUUCAAGCUUUCUGGAUGGCAAAUAUCCGCAAACUAUUCAAAUUGAAGGUAAAGUAAAAGCCAUAAGAAGGGCAGGAAAGGCAAUGUUCUUUUUGGAUGUGAUCCAAGAUGAUGCCAAGGUUCAGGUCUGCGCUUCUAACAAACUACUUAAAGAUGUAACGAAAGAUGAGUUCUCGAGAAUACAUUCAUUCAUCCGCAAAGGCGAUCAUAUUACAUGCGUUGGCCAUCCGUCUACUACAAACGUUGGCGAAUUAACAUUGAAGGCUACAAAGCCUAUUACUGUGUCUAGUCCAUGUCUUAAUUCGGUAACCAUACCAGAUAAACUUAUCGAUAGAAAGCUCAUAAACAAAAAUAGAGUCAUGAACUACAUAGUUGACCCUGAGCUGAGACAGAGGAUCAAAGUGAAAGGAGCAAUUACGAAAGCUAUACGUGACUUUCUUCACAAUGAUGGCUUUCUUGAAGUCCAGACACCUAUUUUAGCAGGCAAUGGAACGGGGGCCAACGCUGAGCCAUUUCAGACAAAGCUGAAAGCAAUUUCUGAUGAAAAGUUACUGCUCCGUGUGGCCCCAGAACUAUGGCUUAAGAAGCUUGUCAUCGGUGGAUUUGACAAGGUUUUCGAGAUUGGUUCGAAUUUUCGAAAUGAGGGUAUUGACUCUACGCAUAAUCCCGAAUUUCUUACCUGUGAAUUUUAUAGAUCGUUCACCUCUCUACCAGAGUUAAUGAAAAUGACAGAAGAUAUGUUUUCCUUCAUCCAUUCACAGUUAUUGAAUCAUGAAACAUCCUCAACCUUUUUGAGAGAGCGUCUCAGAAAGCUCAGUUCUUUUCAAGAAGGAAACUUCCCCAAAUUUGAGUUUAUUCCAACUAUCGAAAGCCGAACAGGACACCAAAUGCCUGUAAACUUUACAACUGAGGCUCUUCUAGAAUAUUACAAGAAGAUUGGAGUCAAGCUUCCGGAAAACAAAUCGCCAGCAAGUUUAUUGGAUAAUCUAUCGGCGAUUUAUUUGGAAUCUUUGAGUGUGGAUAAGCCCGAUGUCCCCAUUUUCAUCUACAAUCAGCCAUCUGUGAUGUCGCCAUUGGCAAAAUCCACAGGAGUAGUAUAUGGAGAUCGUUGUUAUGAUAUAUCAUUGAGAUUCGAGCUAUUCAUUAAUGGGAGAGAGUACGUUAACUCUUACGAAGAGGAGAAUUCACCUUUUGAACAAGCUGAAAAAUUCAAACUACAACAAGCAUGUAAAAAGGACUUCAACGAUAUGGAGUCAUUGAUACCGGACUGGAACUAUGUCAAACAAAUGGAAUACGGGCUCCCUCCUACUGGUGGAUGGGGCUGUGGGAUUGAUAGACUCAGCAUGUUGUUCAGCGAUUCUAAUAGAAUCGAGGACGUUUUAACUUUUGGAACCCUUAGAGACGUUGUUCGUCAGUAG